GUCAGCAACAUGGUCGGCAAACUCGGUAUUCUAUUACUCUUCUCGCAACUUUUGCAUUCUGGAGUGCCAACUAAAACGGUUCGCCAAGUCGCUUCAAGCUUUACAUAUCAAAUUGGCCACAAAUUUUACCAUGUGGAAUCCGAGUCGACAGUAACUUGGUUUGAAGCAGCUCACAUUUGCCGAGAAAUGGGAGGAAAUUUACUAAACAUUGAAAGCAGCGACGAAAUGGAUGAACUCUUAUCAAUUAUACCCGUCGAUCGUUAUUGGAUAUCAGCUAACUGUCUGGCAAAAAAACCGCGAGUUCAUUUCUAUCGUGACAGGAGAGCCUAUGCCAUAUUUUAGAUGGAAAUCUGGAGAACCCAAUAACGCCGAUGGCCCAGAAUACUGUGGCGAACUUGAUAAAACUGCAUUAAAUGACAAUAAGUGUACUAAGCUGCGCUUAUUUAUAUGCGAAGCC